UACAGUGUUGCGACUUUCUAUAAUAAAGGAAUAUCGGUAGAAAUACUCCAUCAUCAUGAAUUUUGGUAAAGUUUUGUUCUUCGUCUUCGCCUGUUUCCUGGCCUUGUCCACUGUGAACGCAGCUCCUGGUAACUUCUUUAAGGAUUUGGAAGGAGCAGGACAAAGGGUCCGCGACGCUAUCAUCAGCGCUGGUCCUGCUGUCGACGUUCUCACCAAAGCUAAGGGGCUAUACGACAGCUCGGAAGAAAAAGAUUAGGAUAUAAGCCAAUCAAAUCAUCAUCAUCACCUUAGUCAUAGGAGGUCCAUAUCUGUUCCGAAUGAAUGUUAAAACCACAUAUAUUAUAACCCUGGUUUUCAAAACGGCCAGUUAGAAGUAGAAAAGUAAUCUUAUAUUACCUAAGACAGAGGAUGUCCAAUAGUGAACAAAGGUUUCCAACAUUGAUAAAAAAACGACCAGGAAAGUCACCUGACUAUCACAGCAACAUCAUAUCAGCCAUAGUAGGUCCUCUUCUGACAAAAGACCAAACCAGUUAGAAGUUGAAAAGUCAUCUUAUAAAUAUCAUCAUCAUCUCAGUCGUUGGCCAUCUACUUUUGAACCCAUUUCCCUCUCCAUUGAUUUUCAAAAGGACUGCGUCUAUGUUAUUGGAUUAUUAAUAUUUUAAAUAAAAUAGAAAUUCAAAUAGGUUAGUUCAACAUAAGACAUUCACCAAAAAUAUUUUUUUGAAAAAUAUUGUGUCAAAAUAUAAAUAGUUUUUAAUUAUAAAAUAGCUAUGAAAUUAAAGUAUUCUUACAAGUAA